GUUAUUUAAACCCGGUGCACAGCAUGCUCUGGAUCUCUGCACCUCUGUGGCAUCACUCCGGUCAGCCACAGAAGAUUCAGGCAGCUCAGUUUGCAUUGGAUCAGGACUCCGGCUGUAACAAUGGGACUUUCACUAAGAGUGGUGUUGAUCUGGCUGGCGCUUGUUGGAGAGCUUCAUGCGACCAAAUCUUUCUCCAAAGGCAAGGCCCCGAGCUUCCAGCCCAGGAUUCGGCCUAGACUCCGGUUAACUCCAUACCAGCCCAAGCCUCAGUUCCGGCAGUAUGUGGCUCAAUACGAGCCUGAGCCUCAGCCUCAGGUCCAAGUGCUUCACUAUGUGUCUCAGCCUCAGCGCCAGGUAGUUCAGUCCCAGGGGCCCCAAUACCGUCUCCAGCCCGUGCUCCAACGCCAGCCCAGGCCUGUGGUUCAGCGCCAGGUGAUCAUCCGCCACCCACAGCCCGUGAUUAAGCCUCAGCGCCAGGGGCCCCAAUACCGUCCCCAGCCCGUGCUCCGGCGCCAGCCCAGGCCUGUGGUUCAGCGCCAGGUGAUCAUCCGCCAUCCCAGACCAGCGCUGAAGCAUCAGCCAAAACCAGCGCUGAAGCGUCAGCCAAAACCAGCGCCGAAGGGUCAGUCCAAACCAGCACAGAUGAGCAAAGUGCCCUACAGCCGGCCUCUGGUUCAGAGCCACCGCCUGCUGCCCCGCUACUCCAGGCCUAUGCCACAAGUGUCUCUCAACCAGCCCAGGAUUCAGGUCCAGCCUCAGGCACCACGCUACCAGCCCAAGCCCCAGAUCCAGGCCCAAGCUCCCCAGAUCCAGGCCCAGGCUCCCAAGUUCCAGGCCCAGGCUCCACACUAGAGGGUGUAGAUGAAGUGGUUGUAUGGACGGGAUGACUUGAAGUUUAACCAGCUGAAGCCUUUUUAAUCCUGCACCUUCACUCUUCAUCUGUUCACAUGGUUCACAUUCUACUUGAUGAGGAAGCAAUAAAAAAAAAAAAAAGUACUCACCA